CAGACGACACUGUUACUUGACUCGAGAAGGACCGCAAACGGCGAGCCUCCUUCUGCACCUCUGAAGUACCAACCAAAACCGCGAGGCCUCGAUCUUCUGCGGGCUCACCUAAAGUUGCCCAGAGGCCGGCCUAUAUUCGGUGGUCUACGUCUUUUGGGACAAUCAGUCGAGGCUACAUCCGGUCUUGCAAACAAGUCCAAGAGUCAUUCUGCCGUCAGCUAUGCCGAUCAGAUGGAGUAUUCCUUAUAG